AUGGAUACAUUCUCCGGGCCAGCCAAUGAGCGCGCUGCGGAAGGGGCUGUUGCCGUGGGGACGGGCCGGCUGGAACAGCGAGGUCGACUUCCGACCGAGGAGCCGGUCUGGCGGGACCGCCUGGGCGAGGUGCACCAGGGCGGACAGUGCCUUGCUGGCUGUCCCAACCAUGGCGAGGCGUGGAGCAGUCGUCCUGCAAGGCCGUCAGGCUGCGGACGCUCAGGCGGACUCGGGGACUGGUUACUGUCGACCCGGAGGGCACGUCGGUGGGGAGCCUUUCGCUCGCCCGCGCCGGGCCACCCCUUACCCACCGGAGCCGCAGCCCCCUCCCCGCCUGUCGCUCGGCACUGGCUGAACACCGACCGCGCCUGCGCGUUGCGCUCCUUGCCUGCACCCCGGCGCCCCCGUCUCCUCGUUCAGGAGGCGCGGGGCAUUGGGCUACCCUGCGGACGGGUGCGGGCCAAGUGCGGGACUCUAGACUCCUUAGCGGCCUGGGCGGGUGAGGGGCGAGGAGGAAUGCCUGCCGGGACCCCUCGUCUCCAAGGAGAGCAGGGAGUCCCGGAGAGCGUCUGUGCAGCUCUGCAGAGCCAGCAGGAGGAGCAACAGUACCUUGCUUCCCAUUGCACUAUUUCCAGUGCUUCAGCAAUGACACUUCGUGGGAAACUAGGCUUGCAUUGCCUUCCAGGGAGGCCAUCUUCCCAGAAGACUCCCUGGCCAUGUAAUGGAGCCCCAUGUGUGCAACACUCUGGACAUCAGCCAUGCUGCAUCUACAUGCACAGUAUUUGCCCUGUGUGGGCCAUGUUUCGUCUGGUGACUUUUCUCCUCAUCUUGUGUUCCUUUAUUUAUGUAGGAGUGAGCAGUACAAAUAGCUGUUGUGUAAGAGAACUAAUUAUUUUUCUAAGUAGGUACUAUUUCCUGCCAGCUUAUUUUUGCCUCAGACAUCAGUGGAAAUGACUGUGCCCACAAUAGGAGGAACGCUUUAACUUGGUUUAUCAAGCUUAAGAACUCACAGAUCCUCCGAGAAUAUAUUGGUGGAACCCCAGGGGGCUUCCAAACUCCAGUCUAAGCAAUACUGCUUUAGGCCAUUUGGUAGGUUAAUUACAAAAGUUAUAUUUCGAUAUAUCAUGAAAAUAACAUAAUGCUACAAUCCAUUCUACACCAAAGCUUUGUACAUGUUAAAUCUAUCGUAACUUUGCAAAGUAGGCAUACCAUCACCACAAUUAUAUAGUGGAGAAGGCUGGGCUCUAAUGUCAGGUUACACUGGAAUCCAAACUCACAUCUCAUCCCUUCAAAGCCUCUCUAGUACAUUCUACUAGUAAGUGUGGCCCUAAAGGAUGACUCCAUGCAGCCUGUUAUGAAUCCGAUCUGUUAUAAAAUGGUAGCUUCCACAUAAUUUGUUAAAUUUUAUUUGGCUGGGAAGACUGGGAGUUCUGGAUUCCAAUCACGUUGGAUUCCAAGCCUGACUCACCUACUUUCUAUUAUGUAUAUUUGUGUAUAUAUAAUGUAUAUUAUGUAUAUGUAUAUGUAUUAUGUAUAUGUAUUAUGUAUAUGUAUAGGUAUACAAAU